UGCUCAAUCUAUUAGUUUUGAAGCCAAGCCAAUUCUACUUAAGCUUUUAUUUCCGCAAUUUAAGUUCAAAUGACCUCGUUAAUACCCAAGUCGCCCUCCUAAUUGUCGCUAUUUGCCUAGGGUUGUCCUACAACUUUCCCCGUAAAUUAAGCAAUAAAAUCAAGUUACCAUCAAAUACACCAACCCAGAGAUCCUGAAAACUUCCUGUUGAACUUGCUGUAUUACUGAAUAUUUACAUAACCAAUUUGGCUAUUUUAGUUCUACUUUAUCAAUUUUGAACUCAUAUACUACGAGCAUAUCUAAUCUUUAAUGGUUAGGUUUAUCAUAUUUAACAAUAAUUACUUUCUUCAAAACUUCUAAGAUAUCUACUUGGCUUCCAGCAUCAUUUCUUUUCUUUUAAAUUUGGCUCUUUAUUUUCAAGCAUCUAUACAAUAGGCCCUUUAAGAACCUUUUAGAAUUCAAAAACUUAUCGCUUAUACUUCUGGCUCCUGGGCAUUAAAAUACAACUCAAAAGAAGUUUAUUGAAUUCAAUGAAGAACAAAAAUUGACUGGUUCUAUUUUCAAAUUACAUACUAUAGUUCAUGUUCUGCAUUCUAAUUAUAGUCAGUUAUACCAAGAAGUCAUUUCCGGAAAUCAUCAAUUCUAAGAAACCGGGUCAUCGGUUAGACCUUCUGCUCUUGGUUAAAUUGCAUGAGCCGAUAAUUCAUCACAGUUCAUAAAUGCGACAAAAAUACUCAAUUGUUAUAUUUUGUCAUCACUCCAGAAUCGUCUCAAUUUAAAAAAAAAUGGACACACCCAGAAGAAGUCAGAAAUCGAGAGCAGUUACCCCCGAAGUGACAGCUACUCCUAACAACACCGAGCAGAGUAGAAUGCUAGGCAGAGAUGCCGAAAGAUCUCGAUACCUUACCGGUGAUACUUCUCGCAGCGAGGGAAGCGCUGUGGAGCGCAAAAAAGAACGCCGAUCAGGUUUAGCAGAAGUGAUGAUGCUAUUCUUCUACCUAAUAUGCGUGGCGAUUGUUGCUGUUGUCAUUAACUUCGCCGUUCCGGUUCACAAGCGAGGCUUUUCGUGCUCGGACGCUGAGAUUAUGAAGCCCAAUUUGGGAGAACAGACAGUGCCAUCUUGGGCUUCGCUUUUGACCGGACUGCUUAUAGUGAUGUUUUCAGUCUUAGCGACAGAUAUCAUCAACUUUUGCUUGGACAAGCCUCCUGAUUCAGAUAAAAAGAGCGAGGAACAAAAGAAACACGAAAAGAAAAUGAUGCUUUACUUCAUGUUAAAGAACCUCAUUGUUGGUGCAUGUGUUUAUGCCACUACUAUGCUCAUGGUGGGCAUUGGAAAAGUAGUCGUCGGGGAACUAAGACCUGACUUCUUGGAGGUGUGCUUCGGAGGUCAAAAGGGCUAUCUAGACUUCUGCAGAGAGCAAUUAAACAAGAUGAACGUGAGUGAUGUGAGCGGAGUGCCCCUUUACAUCCCAGUUGAAGGAGACAAAGAUGUGUGCACUACUGCGGACAAGAAAGAAGUAGAAGAUGAGAGAAAGAGUUUCCCCUCUGGUCACACUGCAUCUGUGUGUGCACCGGCCAUGUUUGCACUUAUAUACAUCAACCUAGAGUUAAGAAACACGUUUGUGAGAGUCAUGAGUUUCAUGUGGCAGUUCUUCGUGAUCGCAGUUACAUUGUGGAUCUCGGUGUCGCGAAUAGGAGACAACAAACACCACAUGCGAGAUGUGGCAACGUCCGCCCUACUAUCUCUAGGAGUCGCUAUCAUAUUCUACUUAUUCUUACGCUUCCACAACACUUCACGUCCCUCAAAACUCAAUUAGAACGAUUUAAAAUAGAAAGAAAAGGUAAACACUAUAAACGCCCUAAGAUCUGGAACCCAUUUCCGAGACUGAAAAAAACAAGGCCAGCUCAACGGAUCGAAACCAAGAUGGUAGGUGGAAAAUGAUGGAAGAUUGGCUAAUCAGCACCAUUUUUCCAAAUUACAGAUUGAAACG